UUGUAAAACCGAAAUGAUGUUUCGUAUUUUCAUAAGAACUAUCUCGACCACGGUCUCGCUGUCGGGAAAGAAAAAUUUUCGUAAAUUUUUGCUUUACAACAAGCGGGGAACACGCUUAUUCAAACAACAACGUGCUGCUAAUCCUGCGCUCUUCCCGGAUAUGCCAAUUGACAAACGAGGCGUUCGGGACACCGGUGUAACCAUCGAUGGAAAAUUUAUUGAAAUAGCGGAAAAAAUUCCUGAGCUCGUUGUACCCAAUCUGGAAGGGUGCAAAUUCAAACCAUACGUGUCAUACAAGGCUCCAGACGUAGUUCAAUCUGAAUUCACCUGCCAGGAUUUGUUCAACGCGGUAUACGCCCAAAAAAUCAUUGAUGAUUGGAAAAGUGGGAAGCUGAACGAAGAUGGUAGUUCCUCGGAACCGUCAGAUGAGGAAACACUGUCCGCAGAAGUAGCAUGGGCCAAGGCAAGAAAAACAGGUUCAGAUAUAUUUUGAACAAGGCGCUUAAUAGAUUGCGAUGCGGAUAAUAAAUUUAUUAGUGAAUAAAUCUGGUUUAUUAGGAAACACUGAUC